CUGCAGACGAUACGUAGGUCCGUUCGGCGGAUUAUGCAAACGUAUCAAAGUCGCGGGUAUAUGUCGCCCCACGGUGGGACACCCCGUAGCGGUUUAGCCCCUUGGUAAGACGACGAUCCUCCCGCAGUUGCACGGAGAUCAAAAGUUUCGCUACAAAAUACCGAACCUGUGCGCGCCAGCGGAGAUUUCUCCGUCGUAUUGGUUAACGCUGUUUUGUGGGUAGUGGGAAAAUGAAGAAAUACACGCAGCUCGCCCUCAUUGUCGUAUGCAUCUUCUCCGUCCUCGCGUUGCUCAUUUGCGAGCGGCGAUACGCCAACAUGAAAGUGAUCCUCGAGGUGAUGGACGUCUUCGAGACGAAGGAGGCAGCCGUCAAGUGUGAUCGGCAAAUCGAGCUCCUGCGACGCUCCCAGCUCGACUCCGGCGGCGCCCUGACGCCCGUCGUGUUGCCGGUCUGGCGCGAGGUCUUCGCCUCGGAGAGUUGGUCGCUCUUCGUCUACUCGGCGUACUGGGACGUCGCCGAGGACGGCGCGAACGUGUCGCGAAUCGUCGCCGUCAUUGAGCGAGACCUCCCGGCCGACCUGAAGUGCUUGCUGUGGUUCGACGGCGUGCACCACGUCCGAGCGGACACCUUCGCGGUCACGACGCUGAGCGCAGCCGCCGCCAACGAGGACGACUCGACGUCGGCGGUCGUCCUGGAGUGCGCCGUCCGCGACAUUUCGAUCGAGCCCGUCGCCGUCUCCUUCUCGUGGACCUCUGCCUCGGGCCGCGCCGACCGUUCGCAGGUUGUCCCCUUGGAGUCGACACGGCGUUUCCCGGGUUCCGUGAACGCGACGCGAAACUUCAGCGUCUGCGUUCCUCCGCUCGUCUCGACGGUGACGCCGUUGACUUUGGUCGAGUUCGCCGUCUACCACCGCCACGUAGGGGUCGACGACUUCGUCUUCUACGACGCGGACUCCCUCCCCGACGCCAAGAGGCUGCUCGCCGCAGUGCCCGGUCGCACCUUGGCCAGCGUGAAACUGCUCCCUUGGAACUUGCCCAGGCGGUUCUCAAACGUGUCCGAGUCGGCGCGCAUCGCGGAUUGCCUGUUGCGAACCAAAAAGCGGGCACACAGCGCCUUGUUCUUAGAGACGAACCAGUUCGUCUCGCUGGCAGCAGCGAAAGACUUGAACCAGCUGGCGCGCGGCCUUAACUCUUUAAGCUCUCGCGCGCAUACUGCCGACAACAAAACGGGCGCGCCAUUGGUGCUUUUUCACACGCACCACUUCUGCGACGAAUUCUCGGACGACAUCGUGGCGAGCUCGCUGCAGAUACGUUUUGUGACCCAGCGUAAGGUCAAGUACCAUCGCCUAUCGGAAAAGCACAAGGUGUUCCUCGUCGCCACUGGGUUCACCCAAAGUGUGGUGGCCGCUCUGAGGAGCCCGAACCAUCCCGUUGAAAGCAACGUCCUUGUGCCCGAGCGGUCGGCCGUAGUAAACGUGUACGGCAAGUGCAGACCACUUUUGCCAGUCAGGAACACGCGGGAGCACUAUGUGCCGGACAUGCACAUGACGAACUUCCGAAGCCUGCUGUUCUCGUCGAAAUUGUAUCGCUACUUUGAAAAGCAACCAUAUGCGAGCUUAUUGCUCUAGACAUGACACUAAACGGACAGAGUCGCUACGAGCUGAGCAUGACGCACAAACAGUGCACUGCUAUCGGCUGGCCUGCGCAGCAGAUUGGAUUCCAGCUGAAAGCCAAAGAUAUAAACCUGUGUCGACAUCCUGAAACAGUCAAUCUGCAGCAUGUGGCAGUGGCAUAGGUCCGCGACCCACCGGGACAGAAGAUGCUCCAGGCUGUGUUGUGUUUUAGCUAGUGUGCGUAGUCACUGCCAUUCCGUGCAUUGAGAACUACACUGUGGCCCUCAGAAAGGCGCUUCUAGGACAUCCCACCACUUGGUGCGAAGAUAAACUGUUGAGGUGUCCUGUGUCUUCUAUCCCAUGUUCUUACUGACCUGGUCACUGUGGUAAAUGACACCUGGAAGUGUGUCAGCCUCAGGAGCUUCCUUAAGUAGGCACACCCUGGCAGUGGUCUCGAUUGCAACGUGUUCUGUGGUGGUUCUCUACAUUCCCACAAGAUCACCAGAAAAAAUUGUUCUUGUGGAGUUUGUGGUCUCAGGCAUAGAUCUACACCUCACAUUUCUUAUAAGUAUUACAUAACAGCUCUGUGUGCACUUUUGCAGCAACUUGUACAAGGUUUUAUGUGCCCUUGUUACUCUGCUAACUGUAAGGCAACACAUGCUUGGCACAUUUCAUUCUGUUGGCCUAAUGUAGUGCAUCUCGUCUGCAUAUAGCAUUAAGAAAGCAUGUUGCGAAACGUGUGAUAUAUGUAGGCAGCUUCAUUGUCAUAUUUAUUGUUUUGUAUACUUGUUUUUAGCAUAGUAGGUGGAGGUUGCUCAGGUAUGCAGCUCUCUAAAGAAAACUGACAUUUAUCUGUACGCUACCUUUCUGUUUUUAAAGAAAGGCACCAUGUGCAAAGAACUUGAGGUCGAUGGUAUUAUGACUUGGAUUUGUUGGUAAUACAUUCUGGGCAGACCAGCAGAGCAAAAACAGACAGACAGAUGGGACAUGAACACAGUGCUAACUUCAAGCAGUGAUAUCAGUUGAUUCUCAUUACAGAAUAAGUCAUUGUUGCGCUGUGUUUAUUUGUUUUGCCUGUCUUUGUGCUGUUUGCACAUCCAAAGUUAAGGUCAUAUUCUAUGUUUAGUUUUGUACCACUCCUGCGUUGUACUGUGUACGCACACAAGCACAGCUAUUGAUAUGGCAUCUCAAUGAUUGCUUUCAAAAUGCUUUGGCACAUUUUUAUGUUUUCUUUUAAUGUGUGUGUUGGUGCGCACUAUGUCCACUGUCCACUAUAUUUUACAGUAUGUCAUUUCUGUAACAACUGCAACAAAAUUUAAUUUUUGCUAAAUUGGUUAUAAAUGAGUAGAACACCUUGUGUCCCAGCCAACUUUAGCCAAGCUGUUCAACGUUAACAAAAAUAUUCUGAAAACGCAGCACAGGAUACAAUUAUAAAAUUACAGUGUUCGGUCAUCAGAAAUCUGAUAACCGUACACUGUAGGUCAUCGUAUCUUGCACCGCGUUUCUUUAAUCUUGUUAUUAUUAUUUUUUUCCAUGAGACAGCUUCGCUAACAUUAGCUGGAACACCCUAUGUACGACUGAACAGUCUUGACAAGGCUGUUGACUAUCUUUUUUUUUUUUUUUAACAGCCUUUACAUAGCACCUAAGCAGAUGAGACGUGCAUAUAGUGGUCAGUGAAUAUGGCGGAAGCCCCAGCACAUUGCCUCCGAGAUUUUCAGCAUUCCGUGGGUGCUCUUAGUCACCGAGGUCUAGCCAAGAAGUCAUGUUGGUUCUUAAUGUUCUGGGUUCUGCGUCAUUUCUGGCAAGUGGCAGUGACGGCCACUUUUAUUUGUUUAUUUUUCGGUCGCGGUGUCGCAAAUCUCUAUUUUUGCUGGCUUUUCGUGACGCUUCCGCUUGCAUUUCCAACGAAAUUUUGCGCAGGAGCUUUUGUACAGUUAUGUACAUUGUUGGAAACUAGGCUUUUUUUUUUUCACAGUUUGAAAUUUCAGUGCAGUUGGGCUUUAAAGGCCACCCUCAAGUGAUGGCAAUGUAUGUGGAUCAUGCAGGCAGUCUUCUUUAGUACUGAUGACACUCCCAAGAGUAAUAACUCUUUCUCUACAUUUUUAUGCUUUAGCAAUGCCAGCAGUGAUAGCAGCACCAACUACAGAGCGCUGAAGCAGCAGUGGUAGUACUCGGUGGCCUUUGAACUUUUAAACCAAGCCGUACAUUGUUGUGGGGCUUAUUGUCUGGACUAUCAUAAUGUGUGUGAACCUGAUACUUCUUGCUGAAUGUUCAUUUACUUCCUUGGUGUUUUUCGGGUACAGGUAAAUAUCCAUUCCACUCCUAUGAGUUCUUGUGCCGAAAAACAUCCUUAAGGAUAAAGAAUCUGCCAAACUCUGUGGACUCUGACAGACACUUGCCAAAUGGACCCCAUUCCAGAAGCUUGUAAAUAGAUCAACAUGCACAUUAUUGAAUAAAUGUGGUGUUUAUAUUGA